GUCGGUGUCUCUUUAAAUAGGAGCAUCGUAAGAGCGGAAGUGGCGAUGUUCGUCCUAAAGGCGGGAUCAGGAAGCAGCGCUGCGUGGGUUAUUUUGGGCGCAUUGAGUCUGUGAAUAGCGCGGCGUCUGCGGAUGAGGAUCGAAAUUUCUCGAUGAAAGUGUCCAGCCAUUGAAUAGAGUCAACUUGAAUUCCUGCAACCCUCUCUUAAUACAAAACAACAAUGUCGUCAACAUCACAAAAACACAAGGACUUUGUGGCAGAGCCCAUGGGGGAGAAGUCUGUGAAUGCACUAGCAGGAAUUGGGGAAGUUCUAGGAAAGAGAUUGGAAGAGAAGGGCUUUGACAAGGCAUAUGUUGUCCUAGGACAGUUUCUGGUACUGAGGAAAGAUGAGGAGUUGUUUCGGGAAUGGUUGAAAGAUACAUGUGGAGCCAACACCAAACAGCAAGGCGACUGUUAUGGCUGUCUGCGAGAGUGGUGUGACUCUUUCCUGUAGUUGACUCUAAAGUUGUUGUAUCUUCAUCCCCCCCCCAUGUAUACUGAAUACAUUUACCUCACACUAUCAAUUAGACUUUUUUGACAUUUAUUUUUGGAUGUAUUAAUAUUAACUCUUAGCCCAGAAUUGUAGAAGCACUAGAAGGUCUCUAGAUGGGUACACUUGUUAAAUUAUCACUGCUUCUUCUUUUUUCAAACAUCAUUCACACUGGAUCUUUAGUUUUCGUGGAAUGAUACAAAUUAUCCAAAAAUCCACUCAUCAUAUGCAGUUCGAUCCCAGACUGUACAUAUGUGCAUACACCAGUAGUGCAAAUACACAUUUGCAGGGCACAACACAGAUUUCACUUUGUUUAUGAUGCCAUUUGCAGGUUUUAACUGGCAAUGUGCCGCACUGCUAUUAAGCUUUUUAAGGUUUGUGAACUUGUCACUGUUCUCUAUAUGUAUUCUCCAAAGGAUCCCAUGCUGUGAUAUUGCCAUAUGGUUUUAUGCUCCCCAACCCUUAAAUUGCCUUAAUAAAAAUAUGGAUUUGUUUUAACUGUG